AAGUAUCGUGAUGUCAAGAUGAGAGACGUCUUUCAGCCAGAAAAAAUCUCAAAUCAGGUUCCAAUGGGACAGAUAGUUGAAGCAGCUUAUUGUCCGGGAGGAGACAAUCGAUCCGGGGUAGAUGCGGUUUUAUUUCGAAUUGAAAACCGGUUUCCAUUGUCUGGUGGAAGUCCCUUCAUAUUGAGAAAAGGUGAAUAUAUAAAUCCUGCAUUUUCAUUCGAAACCGGUAAAAUAUGUGGAACAAUACCAUUCAGUGAAAAAAAAGUAUCCAAAUUUGGAGCGGCAACCGAACUCACCGAAGGUAUCUUGGAAUUCGAAGAGCCAUUUGUCUGCUUCAAGACAAUGGAGUUGAAAUGGAUGGUUGGUGAUUAUCAGUUGAAAUUGUUUAAUCAAUACCAAGUCCGUAGUGCUCCAGGAGACGAUUUCUUUGCAAAUCCAGGCGAUUCUGGGGCACUUGUUUUAGCAAAGGAUUUAGAUAAGAAGAACUUGUGUAUAGGAAUUGUUGAGGGCGGGCAGAAGAAUAGCCAGGUCACUUGUGUUUCCCCAGUUCAAGAUGUUCUGGAACAAUUUAAAAUUCGAAACUUUAAACAGUUCGAAAACGAGAAAAACACGAAAGACAUUGUUCAUAUGAGCAACAAAAUAGACCAGAUAGAAGCAACCCUACAAAGAAUUGAAACGAAAAUCAAUGCGUCAUGAUAGAAAUUAUAACCGGUUCUUUUAAUACGCAAUACACCUGAUUAUGUUUGAUAUAUCGUUUAUUAUCAUAUAAGACGGACGGGUGAUCAGUUUGGCUUAUUCGAGUCUUACGUUAACUGUUUUCGAUUUUUUAAAUAGCUUAAUUCAAAUUGCUUACACAAAUACAUUUACAUUUUAUUUUACUAAAUUGGCGCGUUAUUGCGCGUGAUUCACCUUAAAUGUUGGCGAUCUUCUAUGCGGUGAUAUCCCUUGGCGAACAAAUAACGUCUCUGCUGAGAAAAGCUGGAUUUCAGCUAUAUACUACUUCUAUGGGUAUUGAUUUAAUGUUUUAAUGAAGCUUUAUUAUAUUUAAUAACAAUGAUUUCAAUUUGAUUUCAUUUGUAUAUAUAUUAUAAGCGAAAUAAAUUUUUAAACAUUUUGAAUGGCGUUUCGUGAAUUUGAACAUCAUCAUUUUAUACGCGAACAGGCAGUGAUAACUGUGUGGAAUGGGAAGUGAUUGCUGUGUUGAGUUUGACAAAGUGUUGUAAGAUGGGGUUUUCAAAUACUGUUUACUUGACCGAUAUGCAGAAGAGUUGUGUAUGUAUUUGUUUAUUUUGAUUUUUGUACGAUUGCAAUGUAUUGCAACAAAGUAGCACCAACAGCGUCAUUUCACGAGCGGCUUGUCGUUUUUGUAACGUUUAUGAUGGUGCUACGAGGCAAACAAUAUUUCAAUCUUAGACGUAACGAAACUCAUUUUCAUUUCAAGUGAAAACUGCUUAUUUGUGUUAACUGUUAUUUAACUGGGAUUGCACUUGCUAAUAGCGUCAGAAAUUAAGUUAACGCUGACAUUAUUGAUAUUUUCUUCCUAACACUGUGUGCCUCAUGUACGUUUGCAUCGUUAAACGAGUUAUAUAUUAAAAUAUAUUAUUUUGAUUAUCUACUAAACAGAAAGCAAGCAUCCAUUUUUAUUGAUCAACUGUUCCAUGUUAAUGGGUUUGCCCAAAAAAAAACAGAACAUUUAUUCGCUCCAUUUUAUCGUAUUUUGCAUUUUUUUCUAAAAAUGAAGGAAGUUUAUGCAUCCUUGAUUUAUUUAUGGAGUUACGUACGUUUUUUCCUUACAAGCAGGAUAUACUAUUUUGGUUAAAAUCAAUAUUUAGUUCACUUAACCUUUCUGAUACAAAACUGCUUAUUCAUAUACUUAGCAACAAUUCUUUUUAUGAUGUUUUCAGAAUAAAAACCUCUGUUUCAUUAUGAAUAGCUCAAUAAGUCGAAAGUAUGCAAUAAAAAACAUGCAUUUACCUGCAUAUUUCAGUUCUCGCUUAUAAUGUUGAUUACAUAUAUCUGCGCUAAAUAAAAUUAAUUUUAUUAUGUCAUACUUCAUUACAGUAGAUUAAAAAUGGAUACUUGUUUUUGUAUGAUAUAAAUUUGAGAUGACAACAAGGGCAGUUUGGUCUUAAUUAUUACUAUCGGCUUUCAAAUCUCAUCCACUUCUAAAUUUGUGAAUAUGUGAAUGUUGAACUUGCAAUCCGAUGAUCAUUUAAUUUAGUAAAUUGUGUCCUGUACAGCCAACUCAACGAAAGUAAAUGUUGAGCGUCAUGUUCAUAUUUAAAUGUAGAAUGUAGUCUAUAUUCUGAUAUGACACGUAACCUAAAAUGCAAAACUUUAUUCAAUGAGUUGUAUGUGUAUUAUGUGCUUAUUUAUUUUCAUUCGUUUUUAAUAUUGUAAAAUUAGUUACGAAUAUGUCUUAAUUUACAUAAAAGUAUGAGAUACUUAUAUAUAGAGAAUUAUUUUAACAAAAGCGAAUGUUUAUCUUAAAGUAUAUAGUCGUACAAGUGUUUAAGUGUUAGUACUAUCUACAGUGUAAGCGAUAUUUCUGAUUGCUAACAUAUAUUGAUAUGUAUUUAGUAUAACUUUUUCCUUUGGCAAAUACUUUCUUUCUGUAUGGCUAUUUGUUUAGGAUGAAUCUGUACAUAAAGUGUCUUUAUAUAAAUUAUAAGUUUCAGAUCAUUGUUAUUUGCUAAUUUAUCUUUCAUAAUAGAACUACUGUUGUAGCUGUUGUAUGACUGUAUAUCCACAAAACAAAUAAAUAUAGACAAAAUAAACGUACGUUGGCAGGUUUUUAACAACAAGGUAUGAUUAUAAGAUAAAAUUAUGAAAUGUUUUGAUUUACCUAACUAAUUGUGUUGCUCUAUAUGUGAAUUC